AUUGAGAGAGAGCAAUACAUUAGUUGAUCAGAAUCAAUUCGUACUACUGUCUGUACUAGCUCGCUUAGCGGAAAGCAGCAGUGGUGCUCUAUAAUUCCUAUCGAUGGCUGCACUUCCAUGCAAGAACCUUGUUGUUGUGGCUUUCUUCUUGCUUUGUUUCAUCUCUAUCACAGCUCAAGGAAGGAGUUUGGGAGUGGUUAGUAAGAGAGCUGGUGAUGCUUAUCAGAAGAAUGAGGAUGAUCAAGCAGUAGUACAGCAGGAUGAGAGUAAUGAUUUACUGGCUAUGGAUUACACUCCAGCAAGAAAAAAGCCUCCAAUCCAUAACUAAAUUAAUAUAGCAGUUUUUCCAAAGAAUGGUAAAAGGAGUAUUAGUUUAGUCUCAAAAAUGAGGAACUACAAAAAAGAAGAAAAAAAAAAAAAACAAAGUAUAAGUCUAGUCUCUAUCCAUGAAUAGGGUUUAGAUAAAGGUUUUCUGUAGUUAAAUACCAAGCUUGCUUUAUUAUAUUCAGUCAAUAGUUACAAUUGUAUCGUUA